AUACAUAUCCUAGAUAGUAAGGUAGGACUCAAUUGUGAAGAAUUAAAAAUACGUGAUGUUGAUCCUAGACUGGAAGUAUUCAGAUUCUAGACUUAAGUUCUCAGUUGGUUUUUGCCAGAUCAUCUUAGACAAUGAAAGCAAAGUUAGUUUCUGUAACUUCAGCUUCAGAUGGGAGUAAUUUGGGGAACAUUUUUUCUGAAGAGGAUAAACCAAGUAGCUUUGGGUAGGAAAUGACCAAUGACUUUCCUGGCCAUGAGUGGUAAGGUAAGUGAGAAAUGAUCCAGACAGAAUUAGGGACAGCUCUAAUGGGUGGAGGUGAGAUUUGCUCGGGAAUGCAGCGCACAAGUAAGGACACCAGGUGGCACCCUUUAUCAGCAGUGCUACAUUGAUCCUCCACGCCCCCCUGCCUGCCUCCAUGGAGGCAAAAUCAGACUAGCAAGGAGUAAAAGGAACCAGCCCCCUAUUCCAUACAGUUAUGGCUAAUGACCUUGACCACCUCCUCAAGAUUUGAAAAUACCAUUUUACAUUUCAUUACCUCUGCAAUGCAUGGUUGAAAGGAAGGAAAGGUCAUUCUUCUGGUAGCUAUUGCCAGUUGGUUUUCCAAGAGGUGACUUUCCUGAUCUUUGCCUCUUGUAGCUAUUGCCAGCUGGUCUUCCAAGAAGUGACGUUUAUGUCAACUUGCUAGCUUUACAGUUCUGAAACAAGUAUAUACCUGUUCUGUCACUUGGCAGUGCAAGAGCCACUCACAGCAGUAAGUAGGUUUAAGAGUUUUUCUCUCUUGCUAACAUGUCAUCUCUCCCAGGGUUCCCCUAAGGAUCUGGAUCAGAUGGGAGACAUCAGUGUACUCUUUCUCUGGAGCCCAGCUGUUGGAAUAGGUUAAGCUUUUUGUAAGGUAAUUUCUCUAGCAACUAGGCAGAAAGGCACCUAGAAAACAAACUUAGGUUGAAACACGUAUUAAAUAAUAGGCAAAGGUGUUUCUGUGCACACUCUGUCAUCCCCCCAACUUCUUGCCCCCCACCCGUUGAGCUAGAAAAACUCUUUUAAUCUGGUGCCAACAAGCUUGGCAGUGAUCUCGCCAAAGUAACAGUAUCAAGGAAAACGGUUCGUGAGUGAGUUUUGACAGGAACAUGGAAAAUGGCUGGAGCAACUGGUUAACUGGAUGCGAACGAGAUGGAACAUUGGAGGCUAAAGAAAACAUGAAACAAAUACGUCCCAUCGGCACAUUGACCCGAUCGCACCCUUUCCGCCUAAAGCUCUCUCCUAGGCUAUCAGCUCCUUCCGCCUUCUUCCACCGCGGCCAAUCAGGUUGCUUAGUUCAAUACACUCCGUAGCGAUCGACUUACGAAGAAUUAUUUCCAUGUAGGUCAACGCGCCCGGCAAGCGGCGAGCAGAAAUUAUUCUAGCCACUUUAAAUCCCAGCUCUUAGAAGCAGACUUUAUGGCUGUAUCCAGUCCUAUAAUUCUGAGCUAGGAGUUUCAGCUCGGUCCCUCGGGCCUAUUAAAAGCCAACCACAGUGCCGCUGGGGGCGUGGUUACCGUCCUGUUAGGGUUCUGGGAAGUGCGCUUCUCUGGGGGGACCAGGCCUGAUAAUACCAUAAAAGGCUUGGUUUUCUCAGUUCUGAAGCCGUAUUCUGACGACCUCCCUCUAGGAUCCGUAGUCGCGACUGCAUUGUGCGGAAUCCGUGGUUCCUGGGUGCCCAGUCCUCGCUUCCUAGGCUCUUUCCUGGGCCCCGCCCCCAUAAGCCGUACUCGUCCACUCUGGGAACGCCCCCGUGCGUAGAGGCCGCGCCCCCUCGCCUCCGCUCCUCCUAUCCAGCCGGUGGCUGAGCCCAGACGGUAGUUCGCGUUUUGAGCCGCUCGUGCCACCAUAGCUGCUUCUGCCGCUGCCGCAGCGGAGCUGAAAUCGUUGAGCGCGAUGCCUGAGGGCGCUGCGAGCCGGGCGGCCCUCGCGCCCGGGGGCUGGUCAGUGAGAGGGCAUACUGGAAGGGCCUGUGGAGUGGGAAAGCAUUGCCGCUGUUGAGGCAAGUCCCAGGAUUGGGCCAGGAGCUGUCCCCGGGGCUCCCCAUCAUGAUGGCUGUGGAGGGGUCAACCAUUACCAGCCGGAUCAAGAACCUUCUGCGAUCCCCGUCCAUCAAAUUACGCAGGAGUAAGGCAGGAAACCGGCGAGAAGACCUCAGCUCCAAGGUGACCUUGGAGAAGGUGCUUGGAAUUACAGUGUCUGGAGGCAGAGGACUUGCCUGUGACCCCCGAUCAGGUUUAGUUGCCUAUCCAGCUGGGUGUGUGGUCGUGCUGUUCAAUCCCCGGAAACACAAACAGCACCACAUCCUCAACAGUUCCAGGAAAACCAUCACUGCCCUUGCCUUCUCUCCUGAUGGCAAGUACUUGGUCACUGGAGAGAGUGGGCACAUGCCUGCCGUGCGCGUUUGGGAUGUGGCAGAGCACAGCCAGGUGGCUGAGCUGCAGGAGCACAAGUAUGGUGUGGCUUGUGUGGCCUUCUCCCCGAGCGCCAAAUACAUCGUCUCUGUGGGCUACCAGCAUGACAUGAUCGUCAACGUCUGGGCCUGGAAGAAAAACAUCGUGGUGGCCUCCAAUAAGGUGUCCAGUCGGGUCACCGCGGUGUCCUUCUCUGAAGACUGCAGCUACUUUGUCACUGCUGGUAACCGGCAUAUCAAAUUCUGGUACCUUGAUGACAGCAAGACCUCAAAGGUUAACGCCACUGUGCCCCUGCUGGGCCGCUCGGGGCUGCUGGGCGAGCUGCGGAACAACCUGUUCACUGACGUGGCCUGUGGCAGAGGGAAGAAGGCAGACAGCACCUUCUGCAUCACGUCCUCAGGGCUGCUGUGCGAGUUCAGUGACCGGAGGCUUCUGGACAAGUGGGUGGAGCUGAGAACCACCGUAGCCCACUGCAUCUCCGUGAGCCAGGACUACAUCUUCUGUGGCUGCGCUGAUGGCACCGUGCGCCUCUUCAACCCUUCCAACCUGCACUUCCUCAGCACCCUGCCCCGGCCCCACGCCCUGGGGACAGACAUCGCCAGUGUCACGGAGGCCAGUCGCCUCUUCUCUGGCGCGGCCAAUGCCAGAUAUCCAGACACCAUCGCCUUGACCUUCGAUCCUACUAAUCAGUGGCUGUCUUGUGUGUACAACGACCACAGCAUUUAUGUUUGGGAUGUGAGGGACCCCAAGAAAGUGGGCAAGGUGUAUUCGGCUCUGUAUCAUUCCUCCUGCGUCUGGAGUGUGGAGGUCUACCCUGAAGUGAAGGACAGUAACCAGGCCUGCCUGCCCCCCAGUUCCUUUAUCACCUGUUCCUCCGACAACACUAUCCGCCUGUGGAACACAGAGAGCUCCGGGGUGCAUGGCUCCACGCUGCACCGGAACAUCCUCAGCAAUGACCUCAUUAAGAUCAUCUAUGUGGAUGGGAACACUCAGGCCCUGCUGGACACUGAGCUGCCCGGGGGAGACAAAGCUGAUGGGUCCCUGAUGGAUCCCCGCGUGGGCAUUCGUUCUGUGUGUAUCAGCCCCAAUGGCCAGCAUCUCGCUUCAGGAGACCGUGUGGGCACACUCAGGGUGCACGAACUGCAGUCCCUAAAUGAGAUGCUGAAGGUGGAGGCCCAUGACUCGGAAAUCCUGUGCCUGGAGUACUCUAAGCCAGACACAGGUCUGAAGCUCCUAGCGUCAGCGAGCCGGGACCGGCUGAUCCACGUGUUGGACGCUGGACGGGAGUACAGCCUACAGCAGACGUUGGACGAGCAUUCAUCCUCUAUCACUGCUGUGAAGUUUGCAGCCAGCGAUGGGCAAGUCCGCAUGAUCAGCUGUGGAGCAGACAAGAGCAUCUACUUCCGCACUGCGCAGAAGUCUGGAGACGGAGUGCAGUUUACCCGGACACACCACGUGGUGCGGAAGACGACCCUCUAUGACAUGGACGUGGAGCCCAGCUGGAAGUACACAGCCAUCGGCUGCCAGGAUCGGAAUAUUCGGAUCUUUAACAUCAGCAGUGGGAAGCAGAAGAAGCUGUUUAAAGGGUCGCAGGGUGAGGACGGCACUCUGAUUAAGGUGCAGACGGACCCCUCAGGGAUCUACAUCGCUACCAGCUGCUCCGACAAGAACCUCUCCAUUUUUGACUUUUCCUCAGGCGAGUGCGUGGCUACCAUGUUUGGCCACUCAGAGAUUGUCACUGGCAUGAAGUUUAGUAAUGACUGCAAACACCUCAUCUCUGUAUCAGGGGACAGCUGCAUAUUUGUGUGGCGCCUGAGCUCAGAGAUGACCAUCAGCAUGAGGCAGCGUCUGGCCGAGCUGCGCCAGCGCCAGCGCGGAGGCAAGCAGCAAGGAUCAUCCUCUCCCCAGAGGGCUGCUGGACCCAACCGGCACGAGGCCCCCUCGAUGCUAUCUCCUGGACCAGCUCUCUCCUCAGACAGCGACAAGGAGGGAGAAGACGAGGGCAUGGAGGAGGAGGAGCUCCCAGCGCUGCCUGUCCUUUCCAGGGGUGCCAAGAAAGAGCCAGCCUCAGUGCCCAGCCCAGCCCUGCCCCGAAGCCUGUCCCACUGGGAGAUGAGUCGGGCACAGGAGACGGAGGAGUUCCUGGACCCAGCUCCUGCCACCAACCAAGGACCCAGAAGAAGGGGGCGCUGGGCUCAGCCCGGUGUGGAGCUGAGUGUUCGCUCCAUGCUGGAUCUGAGGCAGCUGGAGACACUGGUCCCAGGUUCUCGGGGUCCUCACCAGGACUCUCCGGCCAUGACCCCUUCAGGUCCUGGGAAGCACAGUCAGCAGGCCCCUGAGACCUCAAGCGUGAGCAAGAAUGAAAAGCUCCCCCGACCUCAGGCUUCCCAACCCUGUUCCUGCCCCCACAUCAUCCGAUUGUUGUCCCAAGAGGAAGGGCUCUUUGCCCAAGAUCUGGAGCCUGCACCCAUCGAAGAUGGUAUUGUCUACCCAGAGCCGGGUGACAGCCCCACCCUGGAUACCAGUGAGUUCCAGGUGCAGGCACCAAGCCAAGGGACCCUGGGAAGAGUGUAUGCAGACGGCAGGGGCUCAGAGAAGCAUAGCCCUGAUAGUGCAUGCUCUGUGGACUUCAGCAGCAGCCGCCUUUCCAGCCCUGAGCACCCCAAUGAAGACUCUGAGAGCACGGAGCCCCUGAGUGUGGAUGGCAUUUCCUCAGACCUUGAAGAGCCAGCCGAGGGUGAUGAGGAAGAGGAAGACGAGGGGGGCACUGGUCCCUGUGAGGUGCAGGAGGGCAGCCCCCAUACCCCGGACCAGGAGCAGUUUCUAAAACAGCACUUUGAGACUCUGGCCAACGGGGCUGCUCCAGGGGGCCCAGUCCGGGUACCAGAGUGGACAGAGUCUCGGAGCAUCUCUUCAAGAUUCCUGUUGCAAGUGCAGAGCCCCCCACUCAGGGAACCGUCCCCAUCUUCAAGCCUGGCAGUGACGUCGAGACUGGCCCAGGGGCUGCAGGCUUCUGGUGAGCAGCCAAGAGGCAGUGGUGCCAAUCCUCCAGGAGCACCCCCAGAGGCGGAGCCUUCCCUUGGAAACCCUGGCCCCCAGCAGGCAGUUCCUGUGUUACUGCCGCGACGCCGUCUUAGCCCGGACAGUGGCUGGUCCCCCAAGAGAGUGGCGGCAGCCGGCCCCACAGGUGGACUCCAGAAAGCCCAGUCGGUGCAGAGUCUGGUACCACAGGAUGAGGCCCCUCCACCAGGCCUGUUGCUCUCACAGGAGAUGGAAGCCCAGGGGUGCCUGUGCCCCUUGCCCAAAGCUGAUCGCCGUCUGUCUCGGCCUCACUCGUACCAGAGCCCCACCACCAGUUCCAUGGCCAAGAUUGCCCGCAGCAUCUCUGUUGGGGAAAACCUGGGUCUGGCUGCUGAACAUCAAGCUCCUGCCCCCGUCCGCAUCUCACCACUCAACAAGCUGGCCCUGCCCAGCCGGGCUCACCUGGUCCUGGAUAUCCCGAAGCCACUGCCUGAUCGUCCCACCUUGGCCACCUUCUCACCUGCUACCAAGGGCCGGGCCCCUGGUGAGGCAGAACAGUCUGGCUGCCCAGCGGGGCUAGGAAAGGCUCACAGUACAGCUGAGAGGCGGGCCUGUUCAGGGGAGGGUGCCACUCCCAAGCCUAGGACAGAGUGCCAGGCUCAGCCUGGCCCCAACAGCUCCUGUGCCCAGCAGCUGCUGGCCAGCAGCCUCCUCCGAGGCCCUGCGAACUUGCAGCCCCCACCCCUUGAGAAGACUCCCAGCCCUGUGGAAUGUGCCAGGCCAGGGGCAACCCUGAGCCGGGACUCAGAACCAGCAGUGAGCCUGGAGCAGUGCGAGCAGCUCGUGGCUGAGCUCCAGGGCAGUGUGCGCCAGGCUGUGCAGCUCUACCACUUGGUGGCCAGCUGCAAGACACCCUCGGUGGAACAAAGUCGCAUCACCCAGCUCCUCAGAAACACCUUCUCUUCAGUGCGGCAGGAGCUGGAGGCCCUGGCUGGGGCAGUGUUGGCCAGCCCUGGCGGGAGCCCUGGGGCUGUGGGGGCCGAGCAGACACAGGCCCUGCUGGAGCAAUACUCAGAGCUGCUGCUUCGAGCUGUGGAGCGGCGCAUGGAACGCAGACUCUGAGUUCCAGAAGCCUGUCCCCAGUGAAUGCUCCCCCCUUCCAAACUGCAUCUCUCCUCCACUCACCAAAACCUGCAAGGAUGCUUGGAGUGGAGAGCAGGGAUCCAUGCUCAGAGGGGCCAUGGCUUUCGCAGCUGUUCCUCACGGGACCCCUGUAUUUAUUAAUUUAUUUCCCUGACUGUUGCCUCACUCUCUUGGAACUCCUGCCUCCACAGCCAUCUGGUGGCUCACACAGGGGCAGAUCUUGGUCUUUGUCAUCUUGGUGCUGUGAGGAGUUGGAGGGCAGCCUGCCCCACCUGGGGCAAGUCCGGAAAGGCCUGCCCUCCCUUCUUAGAAGCCAUUUGAAAUUACUGCAGGGAUCAGCUCCCUGGGGUGGAGCACACACAGGGUAUCCAGGGGGUAGAGGUGAGAGGUGAUCUGGUGUCCUUGCCCUCUGGCCAACGGCGGAACUUCACCUCUACCUCCAUGCCCCCUCCCACACCAGCUUACUCCCCUGGUUGCCAGAGUGGGGGUUGUCUGUUUUCCCCACCUGCUGGCAGUUCAGAAAGGCAGAGCCCUCUGGCCCUCUGGAGCCCUCCCAGCCAUCAGGAGGCUUGAGUUGGUGUCAAGGCCCGAGCCCCCACAUUCCACUCCCAUUCCCCUCUCCAGGGGGGCCCUAGCAUUGUCUCUUCCUGUGCCCCCUUUCUCUCCUGGCCAGAACUUGUGGAGCCAGCUGUGGGAUGUUGCUGCAGGACAGUAAAGCCCUCUGCUGGGCAAACAUCAAGCCCUGGCCUCCUUUCCUCGGCCCCUUGGCCUUCCCUGUUCUUCAGCCCUGAUCCCCAACAGGCUGCUGAAGUCGAGGCCACCUUCUCCCCGCAUCCUGAGUGAUGCUCAGUCAGAAGCCUGUGUUGAAACUUCCCUCGUAGUUUACAGGGCGCCGGCCCACCUUCUAAGGACCUUGGCCACAGAAGAAACCUACACAAAUGCACACACACACACACACACACACACACACACACACUGAGUUCACUGCUAGACCACUCGGCUGGCUGAUGUGUGCCACACACACACACACACACACACACACACACACACACUGAGUGUUCACCUCUAGACCACUCGGCUGGCUGAUGUGUCACACACACACACACACACACACACACACACACACUGAGUGUUCACCGCUAGACCACUCGGCUGGCUGAUGUGUGCCUGCUUUCCUUUCACAUCCUGCCCUGGCUUCAUCACCCUGGCUCCUAUCAAGAAUAUGAAAAGGGAUGGAAUACACUAAGCCUGGAUUCUGGAUUCUUGGUUUUCACAGCCUAGCUGAUGUGUAAUGGCCUAGGGUAUCUGUUUUGGGUAGAAGGAGCCUCCUCAAGGGCAAUGCUGGGCACCAGGUGUGCUGGAUGCUGGAGGCUGAAGAGAGGGAGGCCUAUGGGGCUGCAGCAGGGGCCAAGAGACACACUGGAAAGGUGGUAGGUGGGCCAGGUAAGUGGUAGAGGUGAGGGGAUAGAGUUAGGAGGGUAGUGUUAGGUGUGAGGGGAAGGAGCCAGGGCACAAUGGGCAAGUAGAGUAGGACCAAGUACAGAAGCAGCUGUGGAAGAGUUGGGGUGAAGAACGUGUCUCUAGGCCCUGCUGCUUCCUCUGCCUCAGGUAAGUCAGGGCAGUUCUGCUUCAGCUCCAGGCUGGAAAGCUGUGUCCCUAUGGGUUCUGCUGGCUCUCUGGGUGGAGGCUUGAAGUUGGAUUCUCAAGGGUGCCCAGCUCUGCUUGCAUUAGUCACCUGAACAGGUGAACCCUAUUUCACCCUCACUCUUCUCUACUGCCACCACCUGCAUGGCCAAGCUGCCAAGAAAUCCUGGCCCAGGAACUCUCAGAGCUGAGUGUGGACCCCACGAGGCCGCAGCUGCCCUUGUCAUUGUUAGAAAUCCACUCCCUAUGUACCCCUGGCCAGCACACCAGCUGCAGUCCACUACAAGUGGGGCUCAGGCCUGGCCCUCUGGGCUGGGUUCCUGGCCACCCUCAGCCAGUCUAUCCCUCACGAGGACGGAGCGACACUCCUCCUGUGGGAAGGCGGCCACCCUUUUGAUUACCCACCCCCAACCCCUACCCCCGCCCAGCGUGGGGGGAUGUUGUGGUCGGCGUUCGUCCCCUUCUGCAUGUCUGAGGCCACCGGCAAAUGCCGCCCCCGUUCAGAUCUGCCCUGACCCAGUUUUGAAAGCCCCUUAUUUAUAACUUUUAUACUUUGCCCAGGCCAUGGCGCUUCCCCUACAUCCCCAGGUCUCACAGGGCAGAGGCUGUUUUUAACAUGUCCGUUUGUAUUGAUGUAUGAACUCGUCAAUAAACACAAUCAUUUGCUAA